CGGACUCGCUCCUCCGCUCUGUAGUCCGAGGCCCGGCGGAGGCGCCAGGGCUGAGCGCCGCGCGGCAGGGACCGCGGAAGUCUUCGGCGGCAGCGAUCGCGGCGCCGGGAGAUGCAAUGAGGACGCGCGCUUUCUCUAGGUGCCCCUCCAGCGGCGGCGGCUCGAAGCGCCCUGCCUCGUUGCUUUAGGGAGCUGCCGUGGAGCAAGCAGAGUCACUCGCUGAAGACCCCCGGGACCCACUUGUCUCCGGCCCUGGGUCGCCGUGCCGCUCCUAGGCUUCCGGAGCGUGGAAGAGGAGCUGUCCUACGGCGCCGGGUGCGGAGCAUGGGGACAGCGGCGGCUGCAGGAGGCAGCGGCGGCGGAGGGACGCGCCGGUGGCUCCAAUGGCUGGGGCUGUGCUUCUGGGCGGCGGGGGCUGCGGCUGCCCGAGGAGCUGACAACAGUGAAGUCCUUCCUGAGUCCAUCCCAUCAGCUCCGGGAACACUGCCUCAUUUCAUAGAGGAGCCAGAUGAUGCUUACAUCAUCAAGAGUAACCCUAUUGCACUCCGGUGCAAAGCAAGGCCAGCCAUGCAGAUUUUCUUCAAAUGCAAUGGCGAGUGGGUCCAUCAAAAUGAGCACGUCUCUGAGGAGAGUCUGGACGAGAGCUCAGGCUUGAAGGUCCGUGAGGUCUUCAUCAACGUCACCAGACAGCAGGUGGAGGACUUCCAUGGGCCAGAGGACUACUGGUGCCAGUGUGUGGCCUGGAGCCACCUGGGCACCUCCAAGAGCAGGAAGGCCUCUGUGCGCAUUGCCUAUUUACGGAAAAACUUCGAACAGGACCCACAAGGACGAGAGGUGCCCAUUGAAGGCAUGAUCGUGCUGCAUUGCCGCCCCCCAGAGGGAGUGCCCGCAGCGGAGGUGGAGUGGCUGAAAAAUGAGGAGCCCAUUGACUCAGAACAAGACGAGAACAUCGACACCAGAGCCGACCAUAACCUGAUCAUCAGGCAGGCCCGGCUCUCCGACUCCGGGAACUACACCUGCAUGGCAGCCAACAUAGUGGCGAAGAGGAGGAGCCUGUCAGCCACCGUGGUGGUCUACGUGAAUGGAGGCUGGUCUUCCUGGACAGAGUGGUCAGCCUGCAAUGUUCGCUGUGGUAGAGGAUGGCAGAAACGCUCCCGGACCUGCACCAACCCAGCUCCUCUCAAUGGUGGGGCGUUUUGUGAGGGGAUGUCAGUGCAGAAAGUAACCUGCACUUCUCUCUGUCCUGUGGACGGGAGCUGGGAGGUGUGGAGUGAAUGGUCAGUCUGCAGUCCCGAGUGUGAACAUCUGCGGAUCCGGGAGUGCACCGCGCCAGCUCCGAGGAACGGGGGCAGGUUCUGCGAAGGCCUAAGCCAGGAAUCUGAGAAUUGCACAGAUGGACUCUGCAUCCUAGAUAAAAAACCUCUUCAUGAAAUAAAACCCCAAAGCAUCGAGAAUGCCAGCGACAUCGCUCUGUACUCGGGCCUGGGUGCUGCAGUGGUGGCCGUGGCAGUCCUGGUCAUCGGCAUCGCCCUUUACAGACGGAGCCAGAGUGACUACGGUGUGGACGUCAUCGACUCAGCUGCGUUGUCAGGUGGCUUCCAGACCUUCAACUUCAAAACAGUCCGUCAAGGUAACUCCCUGCUCCUGAAUUCUUCCAUACAACCAGACCUCACGGUGAGCCGAACAUACAGUGGACCCAUCUGCCUGCAGGACCCUCUGGACAAGGAGCUCAUGACUGAGUCCUCACUCUUUAACCCUUUGUCAGACAUCAAGGUCAAAGUGCAGAGCUCGUUCAUGGUUUCCCUGGGAGUGUCUGAAAGAGCAGACUAUCACGGCAAGAACCACUCUGGGACUUUUCCUCAUGGAAACAACCGAGGUUUUGGUACAAUGCAUCCCAGAAGCCAAACGCCCUACAUCCAGAAUCUGUCCUCCCUUCCCACAAGGACUGAACUGAGGACAACUGGGGUCUUUGGCCAUUUAGGGGGACGCUUAGUAAUGCCAAAUACAGGGGUGAGUUUACUCAUACCACACGGUGCCAUUCCAGAAGAGAAUUCCUGGGAGAUUUACAUGUCCAUAAACCAAGGUGAACCCAGCCUCCAGUCUGAUGGGUCUGAGGUGCUUCUGAGUCCUGAGGUCACCUGUGGUCCUCCAGACAUGACUGUCACCACGCCCUUUGCACUGACCAUCCCACACUGUGCUGAUGUCAGCUCUGAGCACUGGAAUAUCCAUCUGAAGAAGAGGACCCAGCAGGGCAAAUGGGAGGAAGUGAUGUCAGUGGAGGAUGAAUCCACAUCCUGUUACUGCCUUUUGGACCCCUUUGCAUGUCAUCUGCUCCUUGACAGCUUUGGCACCUAUGCCCUCACUGGAGAGCCAAUCACAGACUGUGCUGUGAAGCAACUCAAGGUGGCGGUUUUUGGCUGCAUGUCUUGUAAUUCCCUGGAUUACAACUUGAGAGUCUACUGUGUGGACAACACCCCUUGUGCUUUUCAGGAAGUGGUUUCAGAUGAAAGACAUCAAGGAGGACAGCUGCUGGAGGAGCCAAAGCUGCUGCAUUUCAGAGGCAACACCUUCAGCCUGCAGAUCUCUGUUCUGGAUAUUCCGCCAUUUCUCUGGAGAAUCAAACCCUUCACUGCAUGCCAGGAAGUCCCGUUCUCCCGCGUGUGGUGCAGUAACCGGCAGCCCUUGCACUGUGCCUUCUCCCUGGAGCGCUACACGCCCACCACCACCCAGCUGUCCUGCAAAAUCUGCAUCCGGCAGCUCAAAGGCCAUGAGCAAAUCCUCCAAGUACAGACAUCCAUCCUGGAGAGUGAAAGAGAGACCAUCACUUUUAUUGCACAAGAGGACAGCACCUUUCCUGCACAGACUGGCCCCAAAGCCUUCAAAAUCCCCUACUCCAUCAGACAGCGGAUUUGUGCUACGUUUGAUACCCCCAAUGCCAAAGGCAAGGACUGGCAGAUGUUAGCACAGAAAAACAGCAUCAACAGGAAUUUAUCUUAUUUUGCUACACAAAGUAGCCCGUCUGCUGUCAUCUUGAACCUGUGGGAGGCUCGUCAUCAGCAUGAUGGUGACCUUGACUCCCUGGCCUGUGCCCUUGAAGAGAUUGGGAGGACACACACGAAACUCGCAAACAUCUCGGAAUCCCAGCUUGACGAAGCCAACUUCAACUACAGCAGGCAAAAUGGACUCUAGUUUACUUCCUCCCGUGUGACAGUGUGAUGGCCAGCUUGGGGACAUUUGCUUUAAACGGUGAAAGAAAGAGGCAGCCUUGUGCCCAGUGGUGUUUAGGGAAUUCAGCUUUUACAAUCAGUGAGAUUCCCUGGCAAAAGAAACUGCAUUUUAUAUAAUGAAAACGUGUUAACAGGGAAGAGUACAAGCUUUCUCAGAUAGAAGAGGGCGCCACUGUUCCCACACUCGGGUUAACAAGGGUCACAUUCCUUGGACUUGGGUGGCAAGAUUAAAAGUGAGGGCAUAUCUAGAAGUAGCUGUGGGGAAAUGACCUACCCGAGAGCUGGGAAGGCAGAGACUGCAAGUGCGUGUUUAAAAGCAGGUUUUUAAUGAUGCGCCCCCGCCCCCAAAGCCAGCUGAUUCUGGUACCAAAUUGUCAGAGUUUUCUACCAACUAGCAUCUGGAAUGUCAGGAGUCAUUCUAGAAGUGAAACAGGUUUGCUAACCCACUUGUGUAAUUCCGACAACAUCAAGGAGGCAUUUAGAACUUAGAAUCCGAGUACAUCGCCCCAGCACCAGUCUCCCGGGCACUCAAUGGAGACCAGGUAACAAGGUAAGGGGGACCACAAACCAGUUCCCAUCGUGUACCCUACCUUCUUUUUUCCCCAGAGACAAAUCUACCCAUAUUCUUCCUUCCUUUUUCCUGCAGUAGAGAGGUUUCAAGGCCCUAGACUCAUCAGUAUAGAAAUGUAUUUCUUUGAACAUAACACAAUAGGACCAUCUCUGUUCCCACCUAGGCCACUCAUACUGCAUAAUGUUAUUAGAACACAGUUUGUCAUGUGGCUUUGGAGACAGGAGAGGUCCUUAGGUCCAAAACCAUGAAGUACAGUACAGAUGUCACAGGCCUCCAAGAAGCUGUAACUCUAGGAGGCAAGUGUUUAUCUUGUUCUCUAACAUUGUUAUAAGAGAAUGAGGUGUUUUACUAUAUUUUUCAAUCCAUAUUCUUGAAAUUUUCUAGCCUUCAGGUACUAUGUCAUCAGUAUUGGCUUCCUCCUCUUAGGAAAUUAACAGAUAGUUUUUGCUGUAAAUGGUACCUAAGUAAAGACUCGAGGAAUAGCUCUACCCGGUGUCCGAGAAACCACAUGCAUUGUUCAGGGAGCAUUAAAGGUCUGGCCACUCCCCCUCACUGAUUAUGCUUUCUCUACUGAACCAUUCACUUAUAUGGCUAUUGCUUCAUGAUUCUUUUUAAAAUUAGGACACAGCACUACUGAAAUCUACAGACAAUUCACAACCCUCAUCAUAACGUUUUAUUCCAUCAUUUUUCUCCUACUAAAUCAUUUUUGACAAGAUGUCCUGGUAGACUAAAAAUGAACAGAUACACUCCUGCUCAUUUUCUGAUGGAUGUUUUAAUUAGCUGUCCACAAUCAGGAUGACCAAAGUCAAGGACCCAGAUUUACCACAAGGUAGCUAAUCAGCUACUUAGAAGUUGGCUGCAUUAGAAUAAAAUAAACAUAGUCAGGGAAUGAGGGAGGUGGGGUGUACUCGGCAAUGGGGAUAUGAUCAAUUUUUUGAAACAUUUUUAUAGACCCUGUUAAGAAAAAAAAAAAAAUGUUGAGAAUCUCCAGCUGAGCAAAAAAAGACCUACCAACAAGUUGAAUUGAUACCAUGGGUACGGCAUUGAAGAACUGAGUGUGCUGGCCAUUUUCUCUAGCUGACGUGUGGUAUUCACAGUCCCCAGUAUUAGAAGGCUUUGCUACAUGUAAUUUAAGAGCAUCUCACUUUUCUCAGGAACCAAAGGCUUAUUAAACAAACCUAUCAUCUUAGAAUUGUCAAGCAUAUUUUCAAAAUACCAUAUCAAGAUCAGAAAAUCACCCUUUUGCUAGUGGACUCAACUUCUUUAUUCCUUCUAGGGAACAAUAGAGGGACAGCAUAAAAAUGUAAAUCAUUUGGCAUCACUGAUGUAAUUUUCCAAAGAGAAAGAGGCGGAAGUAGAUGGUCACAAUAAACUAGAGAUCCGUUGCCCUGGGUUGGGAGGCAGAUGGAAUCUGCAUUCGCUGUGGAGUAAUAACAUGGAGAAAACACAUUCUGGAGUUGAUGUUAAUAUCCAUUUUGGAGGAUUUUUUGUUUUAAACCAUCCUACCCAUUCUUAAUCUUCCCUCCAGUGGGCCUUAUAAUUGUUUCAUCUAUUCUAUGAACCCAUGCAGGUCUUUUUCAGAUGCUUGAUCCUUCUUUUUAUAUUUUAAAACAGGUGAAAAAUGUAAACAAUUUUCUCUAAAAAUCUAGAUUAUUUAAGAUGAGAUUAUUGGAAAUCUCUGAAUGUCUGGAAUUUCCUCUCAUGGAUUGUUUUUUUUCUUUGGCAGGGGCCUGGGGGGAGACCAAAUUAUAAAUGUACUUGAACUUCCUAUCAUGUAGAUCAAAAAAGGAAGAAGUUAGUGUGAUUUAGCUCAGAUUUCAGCCCAAGGUUUAAUCAAAUCCAUAGUUCAGUGCUGUUGGUUCCCUCUUUACAUUUCUCUUACUUAUUUCUGCUGGGCCCUACAUGGAAUUUCUAGACAAGUGUAUGAAAUUCUGUGAUCAUUGCAUGUCAGAAUUGUGCAGUAUUUUACAAUAGAAUUUCAAAGAGAACCCCUGGUUAUGAGAUUUACAGACCCAGAUAUGUGUGUGAGGGGGUGGAAUUGCAGAUCAGAUGAAAACUUAAUUCAUACUCGAACUUGUGGUUAUUCACUGUAGCCUAACCUUUGUUCUAUCACGACACAAAUGCCCUGCCCUCUUGAACAUUUAUUCAUCUAAGCACAUGAUUUGGAAGUCUUAUUGGACUGAUGCAAAAUAAGGCAAAAAUUAAAAGUAGCCUUGAGUACUUGGUAGGUAACUUAACAUUUUUACAAAAUAUCCCACUUAAUGCCAAAUCUUUCAGUCUUCAAAGGCAUUCAAGUCUAAUAGUCAUCCUUUCAACAUGACUUAAAAUUAUGCCACCAAAAUGGUGUACUUCACAGCUGCACCAAACUGCAGCAUCAUAAAGUUAAUUUACAGUUUUUACAACAUUGCUUGUGGAGUCUUACUGGUUUACAUUAAAUUCCUUUAAGCCAAAGGAAGCUUGCUCUGUGGAUUUAAAUGCAAACUUCAUUUACUGGUGCAGGAAGUCUCGUAAAACUCAGAUGUACUCCCACAAAAAUUUUAUUGGCUUUUUGUUAAGAGAUGAAAAAGAAUUCCCCUUAAAAAAGGGAACUUCUCACUUUUUAAAAAAAUUAUUUUUGUCUCCAAUUACGGGUGUUGUCUGUAUAUUUUUCUUUCUGUUGGCUUUGAGAAAGGAUUCUAAAGUGAAAUCACUAAACCAGGGUUCUCUUUGGAUCAAAAGUCCUAGAUUCUAAUGCUUGACAAAAAUUUUCAGCAUCAAAAUUGAUAAACAAAUGUAGACUAUUCCAGUGGUAUAAUUGGUCUUAGAUCCUAUGCUCCACUUGCCAAACUUCUGGCAAAUGUACCUGUGAAUUUCAAAAUGUUAGGAGAUCGUUUGGUGUGCUUACGUUUCUCCUCUUAACCAUUUUCUCUUCGAUUUCUUAGUCUUCCCACCCUGUAAAUGUGUUUGAUGAUACAGCUAUCAGAUGUGUUGAAGGUAAAGUUCUCCCCGAGGUCUUUGUUCCAGCUCCAUCAAUGUCACAGGAAUCUCCAGGGAGCUGAGAAACGUCCCUCUCCAGCUCAUUGUGUGGCCCAUUGUCCUUAUUUCCUCAUGAGACAUUGCAAAGUUUGAAUCCUUAGUAACUCCCAUUGACUGGACUAGAGGCGACAGCCACAGCAAAUGGGAGAGCAAAAUGUCAGCCUACAGAGAGUGACAAAAUUUUAUUAGCCCUCUGGUGUUAGUUGCCAUAGUGCUGUAUUUGAAAAUCGAUGCUUUAGCCAAAAGCCAAAUGGCCACCAUUUCCGUAGUUUUCCACUGUUUUGUCUGCAUAGAAUUUUCCUGAACUACAAACAAAAAUGUAUUUUGUCAAAUGUCACAACAGUGAAAGAUGUUACUAAUCUUAGACGUGUUGCAUAUUUUGUGUGUUUACUUUCCAAACUCUUUUGAAAGCUGCAGUUACAAAGCUGUUUGGCUGUAUUGAACAGCAUGUGGUGUUUUUGCAAAAGCAAUCCUAGGAGAGCCAGUGUCUACCAUGGACUCCUCACAUCCCUAACUCCAGGGUCAUCAACAAAACUGAAAUGGCAGCUCGGAAGCUGUAAUUUUUUUUUUUAAAAAAAAGGGAUGAAAAUCAGACCUGGCCGUUAGUCUCUAGUGCGUAGUGCUGUGAUCUGAAGUAGGAAAUUUAACUCACAUAGAAUAAUUGUGGUUUUUGAAGCAGCUACUCAUUGCUUUUUUCCUUUUGCUGUGAAGAUCAUGGAUUCGGAAUGUCCUUACGAGGUGAGCCUAAGGCAGUCACAUUUAAACUUCAUGUCUUGGAACCCACCCUCCAUCCUAACCCAAAGAUUAAAAAAAGGCAGUAAGCUUCAUGAUUAGGCCUAAGCUUAAAAAUGUCCUUCCCCGUCCCUAAUACUGAGUUCAAGAGGGGUACAUCUUUUUUUCCCAAGAAGUGAUAGCUUUGAAUUAUAGAAUAUAUCACGAAAUUUCACAACACAGUACUUCUUUGCAUGCAUGGAAAUACGUGUCAAAAUACUUUUACGAAAAGCAUGAAUGAUUACAAUGGAAAUGCCCUCUUGCCUCCAAUUUUGCUAACCCUAAAAGUGUUUCACUAAUUUCAAGCAUUAUUUAUACACAAAUUCCAAAAUUGGCCAACCUAUAUAAUUAAAAUUUAAUAUCUCUGUUAGGUAGAGAUUCAACAUGAUUCUGGUGAAUCAUAAAAAGGAGAGCUGAUAUUCGGGGGGAGUUUGUAAGCAAAGUAUCAUGCCUUAUGAUCCCAUUAUGGAAACACAGAUAUUACCAUCAGCAGUAGGUAUAAUGAUUUUAAUCUCCCUCCAUUAGGCAUCUCUGAUGAUGCUGAGAGGGAGAUUGCCCUGUACCAGGAGGCAGUAGCCUCCUCAGAGAGUAACAGAAAGCUUUCAAUCAGAAACACUCUGCAAGACUUAUCCUAGAUGGGGUAGAUUUAGGAUAAAACCGUGUAAAACUCACCUGUGAGAAGCUGGGAAAAGACUCCAGCUGGGAAUUCUCUGGCUAGGAAAAACAGUGCUCUUUCAAAAUCAGAAUAAAGAUUCAAUUUCCCAUUUUUCUUGAUCAUAUCUGAUUGGCACAUGCUCUCCAGUAAGUCUCAACCUAGAGAUAUUGCAAACACAAAUCAUUUAGAAGAAAACUGGCUUCGUUUCUUAACCCAAACUCAAAAAACGAGUAGUUGUUUUGACCUCCCUUUCUGUAUGGAGGUGUUUUCAAAUAGGCUUCAUUUUGUUCUGUUUAUUUUGGGAAGGUAGGUGGGGGUUGUUCCUUCAAGUGAUCCAUAUCUCAAACCCAUAACACUCGCAACUUUCAGUUGAUGUGUUCAAAGCCAAAAAAAAAAAGCAGGGCUGACCACUUAAUUUGACAUGAAGCUAAAGGAGGGAGCAAGCCGGAGGAGAGGGGUUGAAUAAAGCAUGGCCUUGGCUUCGUACCACACUUUUUGUGCCUUGUAUUAUCAAUGUAAAUUCUGAAUGUUGUACAGUAAAUACUUGGAUGGACUUCUUAGAAAAGGCUGCAUUGGCUUCUUUUUCAGCACAUGUACAUACCUAUAAAUAUAUAUACAUAUAUAUUUGGUAAUGCCAAACAGCUGUGUUAUAUUGUAUUGAACAAAAUGGACAGUUUGGAUGUUUUAUGUAGAGUUUGCAAAAAAAAAAAAAAACUGGAUGGUUACAGACUUUUCAAGAUACAUGUACAGACGUAAAUUACUGCAUAUCAGUUAUUUAUGAAUAAAGAGUCUUUUAUUGACAUUUUAGGAUA